UAGGUUAUUUGUCUGUGGCGUUAUUAAGAAAUUUUAUUAUCCCGUGUUAACAAUUUAUGUGGAUUUUGUUGAUUUUAUCAAGAAAAUAUGUAGCAACCGCAAUUUCAAAAUAGUGUAGUAUAUUAAGAACCAUCAAUGGAUGACUUUGCAUAAAUGUUACUCAUGGCGAGGUAACUUCGGGAACAAACAAACCGACGCUGAUCAGUGAUCACUACUAGAAGACAAACAAGUUGUUUGACGAACAGGUAAAAGGAAGAUGCAGUCGUCCAACAUGGUGCCAGUGACAGUAAACUCGAGCAUGGCAGGCUCCAUUCCCAACGUAAUGACUAUCAACAAGCAAGGGGGACAGAAUGUAGUGGUUACAACACAGAAUCUUGGUUCGGGACAGCAAGCAAUCUUGCCAAAUGUUCAAAUCCUAAAUAUGAGACCAGGGGCCCCAUCAGUUGCUGCUCAGAAGUCUGUCGCAACCGUGUCCCCUCGUGUCGUGAUUGGAACUCCACAAGUAGUAGGAACUAGGGCAACUGCACCUGGUAUUACUCUUCAAACACUACAAAGUCUUCCGCAAGGCCAACAAGGUCAUCUAUUGUUAAAAACUGAAAACGGUCAAUACCAGUUAUUAAGAGUGGGGCCAGCACCCACUGGCGGCACACUUACUUCUCAGCAACCUCAGACACUACGGCUUUCUACCAUACCAGCCCAUUCCGGCGUCCCCACAGUAUCAACGAGUGUUGCCGGCCCUGGUUCUUUGGGUGGGCAGAUACAAACUGGACAGAUUGCUACUCCGGUUGCUGCUACGCCUGCUGUCUCUAUGGCACCAACAGUAACUCAGCAGCCCGCUGUUACUACACAGAAACCACUAGACAAUACGAAAGAAAAAUGCAGAAACUUCCUUGCGAAUCUGCUAGAUUUAUCGAGCAAAGAACCAAAGUCGGUUGAACGUAAUGUUAGAAACCUAAUUCAGGAAUUAAUAGAUGCUCAGGUGGAACCGGAAGAGUUUUGCGACCGGCUGGAGCGACUCCUAAACGCCAGCCCACAGCCUUGUCUCAUUGGAUUCUUGAAAAAAAGUUUACCAUUGCUCCGACAGUCCCUGGUCACCAAAGAAUUGGUAAUUGAAGGAAUAAACCCACCUUCACCUCAGGUUGCCUUUAACACUAUGUCGGCGCCGGCACCACAGCCAGUGGCAGCAACUAUACAAAUGCAAAAACCACUUCAAAAUGCGGGAAACACGAUAGCUGUACUACAAAAUAUUCCCGUGCAUACAAAAAUAAACGUGACCAAGGCCGGAAAAACAAUGACAGUGAACAGCAAAUCUAAUUUCGCACGACCAUCGGCACCUUCAUCUUCUGGUCUUUCCACUGUUCUAACCACUGGGAAAUCACUUCUGAAAGAAAAGGAAAAAAAGAUACCAGCACAGUUUGCCUCGUUACCAUAUGUAGAUGAUAAAAUGGCCGGUGAUGAUGAUAUCAAUGACGUAGCUGCCAUGGGUGGUGUCAACUUGGCCGAGGAAUCGCAAAGAAUUCUUGGCUCUACUGAAAUGAUAGGCUCACAAAUCCGAUCUUGUAAGGAGGAAUAUUUAGUUCCAUCAGGCUUGAUGCAAGCACGUUUAAAGUUAAUAACUGCUAAGCAAGGCCUCGACGACCCAUCGGCGGACGUAGCUGCACUGAUCAACCACGCUGUACAGGAACGCCUCAAAAACAUGAUAGAGAAAUUAGCAGUAAUCGCUCAGCACCGGAUCGACUCGCAAAUAAAGACAGACCCUCGGUACGAAGUUUCUCAGGAUGUGAAGGGACAAUUGAAAUUCCUAGAGGAACUAGAUAGGGUAGACAAAAAGCGGCGCGAGGACUCUGAGCGUGAGAUGUUGCUUAGAGCUGCCAAAUCCAGAUCUAAAAACGAAGAUCCUGAGCAAGCUAAGCUCAAGGCUAAAGCCAAGGAGAUGCAGCGGGUCGAAUUAGAGGAAUUAAGGCAACGUGAAGCUAACCUGACGGCAUUGCAAGCGAUCGGUCCUCGCAAAAAACCUCGUAUCGACGGACCAGGCGGUGCUGGUGAUACACCUAUCUCCCUGAGCUCACAAGGCCCUAGUGGAAUUACCGGUCGUAGUCAACUAGCUCUCCGCACCCGGCUCAAGCGCAUAAAUUUGCGAGAUAUGCUCUUCCUGAUGGAGCAGGAAAAAGACACUGCACAUUCUCUCUUGUUAUAUCUUAGUUACCUAAAAUAAAAUAUUCUGCUAAAGAAGUUAUGCGGCAUCCUAUCCGCCGGUCAUCCCUGUUUAGUGUGUUCAUCUUAAGUUUGUAAAUAUAGGUACUUUAUAUUAUAAUACAUAUAGGUUGUUUUUAUGUAAAGGCCGAACCAAAGCUUGAUUAAAAAUGCUUCUACGAUGGCAUGCAAAAUGGAUGCUUUGGUUUUGCCUUCGCUUAAAAAAGGAAAAUACAUAAAUAUUAGUGA